UUUGACAUAACAUAUAUAAUCUAAAAAUUAUCAACCGAACCGACGAAAGGAAAUGUUUUAUUUACUUUUGUACAAUACAAAAAAAUAAUUAAUUAAUUCUUAAAACAGUGAUUGGUAAAUAAAAUAUUUAAAUAUGUCAGUAACAUUGCAUACAGAUGUUGGAGACAUUAAAAUAGAGUUAUUUUGUGAACAAUGUCCCAAAGCAUGUGAAAACUUUUUAGCAUUAUGUGCUAGUGACUAUUAUAAUGGUUGUAUAUUCCACAGAAAUAUCAAGGCCCAUCGCACUACCAAGACACACAGCGGCGUAACACCCUUGGCGGGUUUUAUUGUGCAAACAGGAGAUCCGACUGGUACAGGAAAAGGUGGUACAUCUAUCUGGGGUAGAAAAUUUGAGGAUGAGUUUAAAGAAGAGUUAAAGCACAAUACAAGAGGGAUUGUGAGUAUGGCAAAUAAUGGUCCAAAUACAAAUGGCAGCCAGUUUUUCUUUACCUAUGGAGAACAGCCUCACCUAGAUCUAAAAUACACAAUAUUUGGAAGAGUUAUAGAUGGUUUCGAGGCACUUGAUGAUUUAGAAAAAUUACCAGUAAAUCCAAAGACAUUUAAACCUCUCACAGAAGCCAGGAUAACAUCAGUAACUAUACAUGCAAAUCCAUUAGCUGGUUGAUUGGUUAUAAUGAGAGUUCAAACAAAUCAAAAUAUACUUUGUUGGUACUAAUGAAAUAUUAAUAAAAAUCUCAAGCAUG